GACGAAGCAGCGACGCAAACUCCGGCGCGUCCCCUCGUGCCAGGCGGGGCGGAGCCAGCCGGCCAGGUAGCAAGAUUCCGACCGUGCAGACUCAGUAGUCGCCGCCGCCGCCGCCGAAGAAGAAGAAGAAGGGCUGUGAUCAGAGCGAGCUUCCAGGCCGGUCCUCGCACGGCAUUUCGAGGGGGGGGGGCGCCCGCUUGCCGACCAGCCAUGUUGCAGGGCUGGCGGAGAUGGGCGGGUUUGCAAGGGUGGAGGCAAGGUUGGGCGGCGAUCCGGAGGGCGGCGAAGGAGACGCCACUCGUGCCAGGCAGCGGGAGAAGCAAGAUCAGCCUCGGCGCUGCAGUGGCAGGAAACCAUCGCUGGCAUCGCCACCACGACGACCAGCAAGGCCGGCCGUGCCCGGGAAGAUCAGACCCUGCCCUGCCUGCGGCCGGGGGUCCCCACGAAUUCCAGCACCGGCGGUUUUCCGGCUCUGCAGGAGACGAAGAUGGACGAGAUAAUCCAAAGGAGAAGGCUGAUGAUGUUGCUCCUCGUCCUCUGGAGUUGGGCAGGCUGAUGGGGAGGAAACGGUCGUGGGAAAGAUCGCUGUCUCCUUUGGAAAGACUGAGCCAGAUGGUCCCCGAGGAGUUCCAUUCUCCAGAGGUCCGAGCCCUAAGGAACGCCGAGGCACAGGAAUCCCAGGAGGAGGACGAGGACGAAAAGGAAGCCUACAGAACAGGAGACGGAUCCUUUCCUGCUUCUCCCCGGUUCCUCUCCCAGACAGAAGCCCAGCUGGGUCAAGUCUCGGGAUCUGAAGAAGUGCCAGCCGGGCCUUCUUCCAAAAACUUUCCCUUCCAAGUUGGGGAUCUAAUUCUGGCAGAGAUCUGGCGGAAACACAACAUAAAGUUUAAAAAACUGUGUAAGCUUACCAAUUCUGGAACUUUGCAAAGUCCCUGGGGGGUGAUUAACUUUGCAGACAUUAAAGGCAAAUUCCCUGGGGAGAUGCUCCAGACAUCCACAGGUGCCCUCAUAUUAAUCAGGAGGCCAUCCUUAGAAGAAUUUGUGCUGCUCAUGAAGCGAGGACCUGCCAUCACCUACCCAAAGGAUAUUUCUGCAAUGCUGCUACUAAUGGACAUCAGUCAAGGAGACAUAGUGCUAGAAGCUGGUUCUGGGUCUGGUGCCAUGACUUUGUUUCUAUCAAGAGCAGUUGGGCCACAAGGUCAUGUUAGAAGUUAUGAAGUCAGAAAAGACCAUCAUAAAUUGGCCAUGAAGAAUUACCAGACCUGGCGUAACGCAUGGAAAAUAGGGCAUACUGUGAAAUGGCCACAUAAUGUGAAUUUCAUUGAGAAAGACAUUGUAACAGCAGCUGAAGAGCUGAAGACUAUAGUAUUUGAUGUAGUAUUUUUAGAUAUGGUCAACCCCCUGAAAGCCUUGCCUACAAUUUUUCCAAGUCUAAAACAGGGCGGUGUUUGUACCGUUUACUUUGCAAAUGUCACCCAGGUUGUUGAACUACUGGAAGCCAUCCGGACAAAACAAUUAGCCUUUUUUUGUGAAAAGGUACUUGAAGCAACACACAGAGAUUGGUUAAUACUUCCAGCUACAUGGAAACAUGGUGGAAUUUUCAAAGGAAAAGAAUCUCAGCAAAAUACAGACAACAGUUCAGCUUGCCAUUCUGAGAGUGAUGAGACUGCUAUGGAGGAACAAGAUGAUGAAUCUUUCAUUUCUGACAGUGCAAAGGUACAUUACAUUGCUAAACCUCACCCAUGGCAAAUUGGUCACACAGGAUUUCUUGUCAAGCUGCGUAAAUUUAACCCGGCAGAUCCAAGACCUGAUCCAAAUGGUGCAUGCUAAUUUGAAGAGUGCAUUUCAACAAAAAACUGUAAAUAAUUGCUACCUAUUUAGAUUAAGAAAACACAACUUUGAUUUAUGUUGAUUAGAUUUUUUGAUACUGUAUGCUUCAACAAAAUAUAAAACUUUAAAAAAUGAACUCCAACAACAAAUAUUUUGAA